GAUUUUAUCAAACUUACAGAGUGGUAGCAUACAGUUUAUCAUGAGCCAAUCAAAACUCAGCAUUAUCUCUUGCACCAAAAAUGAGUUAUAUCCUGACUUGACUUGGUUUAAACCUAAUUUGCGUUGGUUUGCAACAUGAUUCGACUUUCUAACCAAACCCCCUUUAUUUCAUCCUCGUAUUUUCAAUCCUGUAUCUCUCUUCUUAAGAAUCCCAUUUUGGAAUAUGCUGCUUCUUUUAUAGGUAAACACAAGUCAUUUCUUGGAGGUCAAUUUCACUCUACACACUUUCUUAAGCUUCAUCUUAGCUGCCCAAGAAGACAACAAACAGGAAUUGUAAUUUCACCACGCUGUGUUCUCCCAUUGACUGAGCAAAAUGUGGAGAAGGUGUUGGAUGAAGUCCGACCUGGCUUGAUGGCUGAUGGAGGAAAUGUUGCUCUCCAUGAGAUUGAUGGUCUUGUUGUAGUGCUAAAGCUACAAGGUGCGUGUGGGUCUUGUCCAAGUUCGACCAUGACACUAAAGAUGGGAAUUGAAACUCGGCUCCGAGAUAAGAUUCCAGAAAUAAUGGAUGUGGAACAAAUCCUAGAUACUGAGACUGGUCUUGAGUUAAAUGAAGAAAACGUUGAGAAGAUUCUUGGUGAAAUUAGGCCAUACCUGACUGGCACCGGCGGUGGAAUCCUUGAAUUUGUGCAGAUCAAUGACUAUGUUGUCAUUGUGCGGCUCAGUGGUCCUGCAGCUGGAGUUAUGACCGUUCGUGUGGCUCUUUCACAGAAGCUGAGAGAAAAAAUACCAUCUAUUGCAGCUGUGCAGUUGAUAGAGUAAAUAUAAACAAUGUAGAGACCAACACUGUACAGUGAUUGUAAAGCUUCAAAUUUCUAACGACUUAACUAACACAACUGAUUUACUCAACUCUCCUUUUUGUCCUGAGGUAGAGUUAUUGUAUUGAAGUUUCUUGUCAGAUAUAUAGUGCUCCUUUGAGAUUAAAUUUUGUUCUUUUCCAUACAAGGUUAUAUAAAAAUGUCCUUUGGACUUGUACUGUGCAAUCUUACUAUAAGUCUGUGUUUGUGCUGAAUCAAUUCGCAAGGCAGCACCGCAACAAUGGUGACUGGCCUCUUCUGUUAUGUAUAUUGCUGUCAACUUGUCAAGCACUUCCAAUAUCGUAAAGUUAGACAGGGAACAUUAGUA